GGAAAUUCCCAUUGCUAAAAAUAAUCCUUAUCGUGUCCUUACAGUGACACUGAAACUUAUUCGCCAUUUUAUAGUGAAUUUUCGCGUUUGUAACAUUCUCAAUUAUUAGCAAGGGGGAAUGGUUGUAUUUGUUUAACGUUUACUUUGACAGUGCCCAGUUUUAUUUUGAAGAAGAUUAGGCCUGCGAAAAAUUUCAAACUUGCAGUCCAAUCCUGCUGCCGGACACCAAAAUAGUUACAGUUCCUUUAAUCUUUUUCAGCCGCUUUAAGGAGGUUUGUAAGGAUGGAUGCCACCAGACCAGAGUAUAUCCACAACCAUCUGAGCCUUGACUUGAAGAAUGAGAUCACCAGAGAUCAGUUUAAAGCCAUAAAACAACUGCUCUGGGGCACAGUGGGGAGGGCUCAACUGGAGGAAGCAGAAGAUGUGUGCCACGUGUUUAACCUGAUGUUUGACAAGGGCAUUAUUUCAAUUGGAGAGUAUGGUGUACUGAAGAGAUUGGUGAGGGAUGCUGGAAUAGGAAGAUUGGUUGGUGUCAUUGAAGAGGCAGAAAACAGAAUAAGGACGUAUAAACCAAAUGAAAACCAGGCCAAGAAGGAAUAAUUAAGGCAUUCUGGCUCCCUUGCAGCAAUAGCAUCACUUUGGAGAAACCUCAGCUGAGACACUAACUUUGUGGGCAUCUUAACUAAUUCACGCAAGUCUGUAGGUUUUGUGUCUUAAAUUUCUGAAGCGCACAUUCAGAAAACCAUAAAAUUUUACACAGACUGUCAGAGCAGGUCGUAUAGUGCCACAGUAUUGUAACAUCGUGCCAGAAUUGGGGUAGCAAGCUGCCAUUGCCAGACAAGUCAAUGUGACCCAAGGAACAGUGUCUAACGUGCACCAGAGACAAUGCCCAUAGCCGUGCCCAGACUGGUGAACAUACACAGAGCCAUAUCCUGUCACCGGACGAGAAGACCGCUUGCUUGAACCGUUAUGUAACAACAACUGUCCAAAAACAGAUCAUGUCAUGCUCUGUAAAAUAUGAGUGGCAAAUUGCAGAUCAAAUCCUUACAGUCACACCUCUGAAUGUAUGGAUGCCUCACCGAGUAGGGAUCUAUAGUCAGCCGUGCUUUCAGAGGACAAACUCUGACUGAUGUAUGGAACACAAUUGCCACACCAAAUCCCCAGAAAAUUGUCUGAAGGAAUGCCUUGCCGAGUGAGGGCUCUGAUUGUAGUCAGAGGUCGCCUAUGUUAUCAACUGUUGCAAUCUGUUGAAUUUGUCUUAAUAGUUCUUUGCUGUGAGAGAAAAUCCAGAUAGCCUGAUAUUUUGAAAAUAUUGGAUUCCCAAGAAAGCAUGAUCCAUGUGUUAUUUUUAAAGAUGUUUUAAUACACUGAUGCUCAUAAGUUAAGCAACACUUUCUAAUUUCUCAAAUUUCUCAGCAACCAAGCUUUUUAUUAAGGCAAAAUCUGUACAGUAGCUAAACAUGUAUCUCGUUCUUACUUUGAACUAGUGGACCGUGACAUUUGAGUACUAUUUACUGUUGGGCAGGGUAGAAUAUGCAAUAGGGGUGCCACUUGCGAAAAACACAGUUUGGGCAUGCCAUGCGGAGCUUCCAAUUUGGCUGGUUUCAUGGGCACAAUUUGUUAUAUUGUACCAACCAAUGGUUAGAAGAAGACUCAACGAGGUAAUCAGAUGGCAAAUUAUAGGAAGCCAUCUUGCUGAGGUGCCAGAGAGACAGAUUGCAAGGCAAUAGAGAGUAGCACCAAGUCAAGUGUCCAAGCUGGUAGCAAAAUGGCGCCAAACUCAUCAUGUUUUGGACAAGCCUCUUUCUGGUAGAACGAGAUUAACCGACGCAAGUGUUAGAAGAUGUUAGGUUCAACUACGCCACCAGAACCGGUCCAAACAGCUGAGAAACAUCUGGCCUGGAUUAGGAAGAGCUCAAAUCAGUAGGCAGACAGUCAACAGGCAUAAUUUAGACGCUGGACUUUCAUUUAAAAAGCCUCCUAAAAAGCCACCUUCGACCAAAAGACACAAGCAGAUAAGUUUGGCAUAAGCCAGAUGCCGAGAAAGAUAGAAUCUAAGGACUGGGUGAAGGGUCCUGUGGACUGACAAGAGCAGAUUCACUUUGAUGUAUGCAGAUGGUUGGCUGGGAGUCUGAAGAGGUCCAAACCAAGCGUUUCAGGAUGAUUGUGAUCACCCAUGUAUUCAGGAUGGCGGAGUACCCGUCACAGUAUGGUGCGCUUUCUCAUAUGAUGAAAAAUUGCCACUGUACGUUAUGCAAGGGAGAUACACUGGUCAACCAUACAGAAAAGAAAUACCAUUGGGGAGCUUGCAAUCACACAUUCAAGCAAAUCCAGGAAGAAAUAUCAUUUUGGUGCAGGACAGUUUGCCCAUUCAUAAAGCACGGUCCGUGCAAAUCGCGCUGCAACAGCAUGGUAUUCCAAAUUUGGAUGGCCCUGCAAUAUUUGCCAAUUCUCAGUGUAAUUGAACAUGCUAAAGAUAUGAUUGACAGAGCAGUUAAUGAGAGACAACCUCCAGUUGGAAACAUAAGAAAGCUCCAGCAGGCAGUAAUUUAGGAAUGGAACAGGCUCACAAUGCAAGAUUGACAGAAUUUGGUGGCAAAUUGCAGGAGACAUUGUGAAGCUGUUGUUCAAAAAUAGGGAAGGCACACCCAAUAUUUAUUGGAUAAUAGACGAUUAAUCAUUUAUUAUCUACAGUCUUCUUUUAUUAAAACUAAUUCUUAGAUGAUUGAACUUUAUUUUUUCAUGAUAAGCUGUUUUAAUCAGCACGUACUUGAUGCUGUGUGAGCAUACUUUUUAGACACAUGGUUUGGCCUAUUUUGGUACUGUUUGGUUAAUAACGUUAUUUUGAUUAUUACAAUAAGCUAUGUGGUGUAUUUCAUUAACAGAAAUAUUCAAUUUGAAUAGG